AUACACCCAGAGCAAUGUCCAACGUGCCAGUGGCUGUGGUGACCGGUGCCAACAAAGGGAUCGGAUUUGCAAUUGUGAAGGCCCUAUGCAAGCAGUUCCCAGGGGAUGUGUACCUGACAGCCAGAGACCCUGGCCGUGGCCAGGAAGCAGUGGCAAAGCUCCAGAAAGAAGGCCUGCAUCCACUCUUCCAUCAGCUGGAUGUUGAUGAUCUGCAGAGCAUCAGAGCUCUCCGUGAUUUCCUAAAGGAGAAAUAUGGAGGGCUGAAUGUUCUGAUUAACAAUGCAGGAAUCGCUUUCAAAGUUCAUGACACAACUCCGUUUGCAGUCCAAGCAGAAGUUACACUGAAAACAAACUUUUUUGGAACCAGGAAUGUUUGCACAGAAUUGUUGCCUCUUAUGAAGUCUUAUGGUAGAGUGGUGAAUGUCUCCAGCAUGGUAAGCAGCUCAGCUCUAGGAGGCUGCAGCCAAGAACUACAGCAAAAGUUUCGCAGCGACACAAUCACUGAGGAUGAGUUAGUGGGACUCAUGACUAAGUUUGUGGAAGAUACAAAGAAAAGUGUGCACGAGAAAGAGGGUUGGCCAAACACUGCCUAUGGGGUAUCUAAAAUUGGUGUCACAGUCUUGUCCAGGAUUCAAGCCCGGAUGCUAAAUGAGAAAAGAAAAGGUGACCAUAUCCUUCUCAAUGCCUGCUGUCCUGGAUGGGUGAGAACAGACAUGGCAGGUCCUCAAGCCACUAAAUCCCCAGAUGAAGGGGCUGAGACCCCAGUCUAUUUGGCCCUUUUGCCUUCUGAUGCUGAUGGUCCUCAUGGCCAGUUUGUUAGUAACAAAACUGUUCGACCCUGGUGAGCUUAUG